GAAUUACCUCCCCUGUUUCAUGUUCAGUCAUGUUGUGAUAUUAAAGUUUCCAAGUCGCGAGCCACAUGCAUUUAGUCUUUGUACAACUGCUGGAUAGCUCGGACGUCUACAGAAAUCAAGGCAAGAUGGAGGUUGUUGGUAUAAGGCAGGACGAGUAUGGCGACUUUCAAGCACCGAAGAUAACAUUCACAGACAUCUGCGACCCCAGAUUGGAGCGUGCGAUGUCUGUUGCCAUGGAAACUAAUCAAAUAACACCGCUCCUUAAGGAAGAGUUGCGACUGUCAAUCUUAACGAAGAGGUUUUCUGAGGGGAAGGAAGACAUCCAAGUCCACUUCCCUCAACCCCGAUCAUAUGACCUGACCCCGGCGGAGAUGGAGAAGCGCGAGAAACGGAAGUUGCAGAACAAGAUCGCCGCGCGCAAACACCGCCUCAAGUCCAAGUCCAAGAUGUCCGACAUUCUUGAGGAGUUGCAAAAACAAGAACAGUUAAAAGAAGAGUUGGAGAAAGACUACAACAGGUUAUUCAGCGAGAAACAAGAGAUUCUGUGUAGUCUCUUAGACCAACACAAUGGCGUGGCAGUGUCAUGUGAUCACUGCGAGAACGAGGCUGGAUGUGAACCAAUCAAACUGUUGCUCAACGUCACAGGCACCAUCAACGUGGAAUCAAACGUCUUCACGGUGAUACAGUUGGAUGGCACAAGUCUCCCCGACCCCCGCACACACGCGUCCAUUGAACUUUGACCUGAUGUAGCUUUUGUAUAUAGAUGCUAGCCUGAAAUAUGCUUCAGAAAAGGCUUUUAUUAUUUUAAUGUUAAGCAGAACAUAAUUUGAAGUCAGCCUCCGUUCCGAGGCCCAAACUUUUCAAAUAACUUUGUUGUGUUCGUCGUGUCUUCACCAGGCGUUUUCAUGGUCGUGUAGACCAGGGAGGGACUCAGCCCUCAUAUUACAGCACGACUUGUUUUCUGUUUGAUUGAAAGAUUUUUUCCAAGUAGGUUUGCUCAUCUAUGGAGCAUCUUGACGUAUCGUGGUGUGACGUGGAGGUUGAUGACGUACACCUGGACACUGCUUGAGACUGACGUUAUCUUGACGUAUCGUGGUGUGACGUGGAGGUUGUGUAUGACGUACACCAGCCAGGACGCUGCUUGAGACUGACGUAUCUUGACGUAUCAUGGUGUGACGUGGAGGUUGAUGAUGUUCACCAGGACGCUGCUUGAGACUGACGUAUCUUGGCGUAUCAUGGUGUGACGUGGAGGUUUAUGGCGUACAUCAGGUCGCUGCUUGAGACUAAGGUAUCUUGACGUAUCAUGGUGUGACGUGGAGGUUGUGUAUGACGUACACCAGGAUCUGCUUGUGACUGACGUAUCUUGACGUAUCAUGGUGUGACGUGGAGGUUGAAGACGUUCACCAGGAUCUGCUUGAGACUGACGUAUCUUGACGUAUCAUGGUGUGACGUGGAGGUUGAUGACGUACACCUGGACACUGCUUGAGACUGACGUUAUCUUGACGUAUCGUGGUGUGACGUGGAGGUUGUGUAUGACGUACACCAGCCAGGACGCUGCUUGAGACUGACGUAUCUUGACGUAUCAUGGUGUGACGUGGAGGUUGAUGAUGUUCACCAGGACGCUGCUUGAGACUGACGUAUCUUGGCGUAUCAUGGUGUGACGUGGAGGUUUAUGACGUACAUCAGGUCGCUGCUUGAGACUAAGGUAUCUUGACGUAUCAUGGUGUGACGUGGAGGUUGUGUAUGACGUACACCAGGAUCUGCUUGUGACUGACGUAUCUUGACGUAUCAUGGUGUGACGUGGAGGUUGAAGACGUUCACCAGGAUCUGCUUGAGACUGACGUAUCUUGACGUAUCAUGGUGUGACGUGGAGGUUGAUGACGUUCACCAGGACCUGCUUGAGACUGACGUAUCUUGACGUAUCAUGGUGUGACGUGGAGGUUGAUGACGUUCACCAGGACCUGCUUGAGACUGACGUAUCUUGACGUAUCAUGGUGUGACGUGGAGGUCCAUGACGUACACCAGGACGCUGCUUGAGACUGUGCUGUAACACGGCAUUGGGAGACCACUCCGGUGGUUAAACAGGCAGCAAGAUACGAACUUAGAAUUGCUUUCACAAGACGGGAAUAGGACCACGUGAUCUGUCGCAACUUUCACACUGGCAUCACGCCCGUUCGUCAACAAGACCGUUCAAUUCACAAUAGGGUUAGAGGUUAAUCUGUACAUACUCACCGCACACAAAAGAGCAGUGAUGGCAUUCUGCGUGCUCUAGCCUGUGUUGUUGAGUUGUGUUUUCAUUAUUGUAGUCAUUUGUUACAUGUCCCAUACUGUCAAACUAUAUUAAUUCUGUAUGAGAACGUUCCGGUACAGAUCAAGAACGAUCCUCACUUGUUCUUGAUAUACUCGUAUAAAGUGCUGUAAAACUUGCUGCUUCAACACGUAUCUACGUGGCGUGUGUUUAUAAAGUAUAGCAUUGGGAAUAAAAUGUAUAUCCAUUGGCAUGUUAUAACAGUGCAUAUACACCGGCAUGCUAUGUUUUAACCGCGCGUAUACACCAGCAAGCUGUGUUAUAGCAAUGCCUGGUUGUCAUGGAUCAGCUGGUAAGUGUUUAAAUACGUGCUGUACCUGAAAUCAUUAAGGAUGCUUUAGAGAAUAAAUUUCUUUGUGACAUUCCUAAA